AACCCUCUGGAAAAUGGAAGAUUUCAACAACAACUCAUCGUCCCGUUCGUCCUCGGAGCGUCCGACGUCGCGACGCGGCGGUGGACUCGGCACCGGUGGCAUAUUCAGCUCGUACAACGAUUCCUCGUCACCGAGUCCAAUUGGAAUCCUGCGACCGGGAACGGCAAUGAAGGCACCAUCAGCUAUCCGGGGAGGCACCGCUAGCCGGUUGGCCGCAAACAACGUUCAUUCGACAAAUUCCUCUGCUUCGGCUCAGAGAAUUGGAACGGCGCUCGGAAACGCCGGGAACCGUAUGGCCGAGCGUCCAAUAACCCAGCACGGGAUAAGCGGUUUAUCUACUUCCUACGGUCGCAUCGGAACUGCCAGCGGAAAUCGCCAAAUCAAAGACAAGCGCUACUGGCAGGCAGUGUUACAGAGCAAAAUCCAAGAAAUAUCUCAGGAAACGGAAAAGCUCAUGAAGGAAAAGAAAUUCCUGGACCGUGAGAAAUCCGCUCGCAAAUUAUACGAAAAGAGAGUCAAGGACUCUGCCAAAGAGCUGACCCAGCUGCAGUCCACGCUCACCUCGAUGAAUAUUGCUCUGGAUAACUGUAGCUCCGGGAUGACCCGUCAGCAGCUGCAGAACGAAACGCUGGCACUUCGCGAACGCAACGAGCACAUUCAGGAACAGUUGGAAAUCGUAUUCAAGCAGCGUCAGAUCAAGGACGCUGAAAAUCGAGAGCUGGAAGCCGAUGCAGAAAAGGAAAAGAACAAGAUCAAUGAAAUGAUCUUCUCGCUUCCGCAAGAUGAUCAGCAGAAGUAUCGGGAGUAUCAAGCGUUAUCAGAAAGCCUGAGGCAGCAGAAUACGAUCUAUCACAACCAGAUAAGCGAUCUGGAAAAACAAAAGGAUCGGCUAAACACCAUUAUUAUGAACUCACAGACGCGCACGGAGGCUCAUCGAUUGAAAUCGAAACUCAAGGAACUUGUGGCGAAGCGUAAUCAGAUGCGUGACGAGGAGAAUAACCGUUUGUCACCAGCUCAGGAACGAGAGAAGCUGAUCAAUGAGGUUCGUUCGAACAACCAGGCUUUGGCCAGCAUCGGUAAGCAGUUGAAGAUCAUUGAGGAUCAGUUGAAUGAGAAAAAGGAAAUGCUACAGCAAAUUGAUCAGGAUUUGGAGGAAGGAAACUCUGAACGGCAUAUCAAAUACAAGGAACUGAAGAAAAGGGACGAGGUCAUGUCAGCUUUCAUGGAUACGUUUCAGCAGAGUUUGGCAGCUGAGAAGCAAAAUGUUGAAUCACUGAAGAACCAGAUCACGUACGCUAUCGAGCAAAUCACUCUUCAAGGGAUCAACAUGAAAUCGAUGGGGUCGGACAAGCUGGAAAGCUCUGGAUUCACCGCUAAGAACGAUCUAAAUUCGCACACCGGACUAAUCAAAGAAUACAAGAAACUGAGCAUUCAGUUGAAACAGCUACAAAUAUUGGAGAAACGAACCAUCAACCAGUUGACCGGGUUGCGGCAGGAAGAAACGGACGCGUUGAAUAAUAUACAAAAAUACAGCAACCUGGAGGCGCCCCGCUCGGAGGCAACGGUUAAGAUGAGCGAAUUAACUGGGGUUCUGCAGGAGCUGGAAGACAAGAAGCGUGUUACGGAAAAUGUAGUUGACGAGGCACGGAAGCGAAAUCAGGAGAUCAAGAUCAAUUUAAAGAGCAAUGAAACGUACAGGCAGAUAUCACACUUGGAAGACAAACUGGUGGAUUUGAUCAAGGAGAACAAAUCGUUGCAAGAUUUUGUCGAACAGUUGCAGAAGGAAUGCGAUUAUUCGGCUGUGCAGGGAGAAGUGGAGCAGCUGUUGGAUGAACAUAACAAUUUACUUUGUUCGGAAACUAGCAACAAUGUUGCUAAUCGUGUGUUGUAA